CGCGCCUCUCUCUCCUCUGUGUGUGUUGCCUUUGCGCUGGGGUGAAGCCGCAUAGAAAGCGUCUCCAUAAUGCGGGCGUGAAGCGCUCCAUGUAGCGACGCGGAUUUAGGGGCGGAGGGGUAUUCACCGGCAUCACAAACACCGGGUACCGGAGGAAUACAAUGUCGAACCGAAAGCACCGGGACAACCAGGAGAUCUGCGCCCGCAAGGUCCGGGAGCUGGCCCAGUCCGGAGUAAACAAACACUGCUUCGAGUGCAGCCAGCCCGGGGUGACUUACACCGACAUCACGGCGGGCAGCUUCGUCUGCACGUCGUGCUCCGGAAUGCUGAGAGGCCUCAACCCUCCCCAUAGAGUCAAGUCCAUCUCCAUGACAACCUUCUCCCAACAGGAAGUGGAAUUCCUCCAAAACCAUGGCAACGAGGUCGGGAGGAGGACUUGGUUGUGCGUGUUUGACCCAAAGACGGACGGCUGCUCCGACAUGAAGGACUCUCAGAAGUUCAAAGAGUUCCUGCAGGACAAAUACGAGAAGAAAAAGUGGCAUUUUUCCAAAAGUAAGAACCGGAGGGAUGUGGAGGGUCCUUGGAGCCCGGGGGUCCAGGCAGUGCCCCCCUCCCAUGGUCCCUUAACCAACCAGGCCCCCUCCCACAACCUGCCCCCUAACGCCAGGUCCACAAGGCCACUGUCUCAGUCCCAGCUGCCGUCGUGGGAUCGAGCUCCCGCCAUCUCGCCCGCUGACAUGCGGACGGACGUGUUCACCGCUCGGCCGCUGCGCUCCCAAAGCUUCAGAGACCCCACUCUGAAAGAUCCCACCCUGUGCGGGAUAGAGAGGCAGCGGCCGGGCUCGCUGUCGUCGGCGCUGGGGGCUCAGAGCCACGUCCCCUCCUUCCCCGCCCUCCCUCGGCCCUCAGCCAGUAGCUCUUUCAAAAACCACUUCACUUUAGGUCGUACGGUAUCGGCCUCGGGGACCUCGGGGCCCUUCAGGGCCUUCCCCAAGUCUCUCAGCGUGGACUUCGGAGGUCUGCACCAUCCUCAUCAGCAGCAUCUGCCCCACUCUCUGUCCCAGCAGCAGGCCGGAAGUGUCGGCCAGACGACGGCACCGGUCCCUGGCUCCAACCCCCAGGACAGAUACGCUGCGGUGUCACAUCUGGACAGCUGUUUCAUUGACCCACCCACGGUCACGGCUCCACCUGGCGGUCCGCCGCAGUACAAUGCCAUCUUCGGCAGCAGGCCCUCGUCCAGCUCCACUCCUGCCAGUUCCCCCGGCGUCGACACGGUCUCCAGCUCCCAAACCUUUGCAAAUUUCCCAAACCCGUUCAGCUCCAGCUCCGCUUCCCAGCAGCCCGUCGCCCUCUCCCCCAGUAACCCCUUCAGCAACGCAUCAGGAGGUGACUCCAGUGCAUUCGUCACCUCGCCCACCUCCGACUUUCCUCCGUCUGCCUCCUUCCUAGCACCCAACACCCAGAAUGCAUUUCACCAUGAGUCAGCCAGCAACCAGGAAGCCAACGGUUUCGCCUCCUUCCCUGCGCCCGACUCUCAGCCCAAAGUCCCUCGGCCGAUGUCGGUGAACCCGUUUACGGGGAACGUUUACCCCAGUCGAGGGACGUCGCGAAACCCUUUCAUCUGACUCCCCCCCACCUCUCCUUACUUCACUCACCCAUUUGUCUCCCUCUGGGAACCCGAGAGAGAAGUGAACUUAAGGAGUCGCUGCCAUUUCAAUGCCUCUGGAGUGUUGUCACCCUCUGGGGGAGGCUUUGACGUAACCCAAUUACACCCUCUCUCUCUCUCUCUCUCUCUCUCUCUCUCUCUCUCUCUCUCUCUCUGUCUGUGUUUACGUGUUUGUAGGAGACAAAAACAUGUGUGAAUGUAAUUAUGUGGGUGUGUGUGUGUGAGAGAGAUCGGUCGCCUGCCGUGUUUGUACCACGUGACAUUACGUCAAAAGGUGUUAGUGUGCCGGUAGACGCCAACCUCAGGGCUCAGUGGGAGUCGCGAGUAAACUACUUUUUUUUAUUUUUUUGCAGAAACCCACAUAUAUGACACACACAUACAUGUCGCUGCUGCUACUUUGCUUUCAUCUCCUGCUUAAAAAGUGCAACGAAACAGCCCGCCAGUGAAUGCAUCAGCGUUGUGUCCUGGUUUUUAAAAACAACAACAACAACAACAAAAAGUCUCUCCGUUGUCCAAAGGAAGAGCCAGUUGAGACUCUGCGUCACGAGUUUCUACAGAGGGUCAUAAACAGCCUUAACAGCCUCCUGAUGCAUGUGAAUUAGCUUUUCUAUGUGAUGGGUGUGGGGGACAUGUUUGCAUUCAUCACAGUUUUAUUUUAUUAUUUUAUUUUUAGGUCAUCCUUUUGCAGGAUAAUCUAUGUUUUUUUUCCACUUCCUAGGCUGCAUGCGCUUAGAGGGCUAAAAGGAGAUACUACUGAAUGUAAAAAAAAAAAAAGAAGAAAUUUCAGAAUUACUUAAAUGUGUGUAUAUAUAUAUCUAUAUAUAUAUCUAUAUAUAUAUAUAUCUAUAUAUACUUCAUGGCUUCAUGUUCCGGACCAAAAUGUUUCUCGGUUGUUCUUUUUUUUUUUUCGGUUUGACAUUGGAGGCGAAGUUCAUUUCCCUUAUUUUGCCAAAAAGAAAAAGAGAUUCAUGUGUCUUUGUAAUGACAAGUAUUCAUGUUCAUAAAAUCAGUUUGUUGCUUCUUAA